GGAUGGGUUUGUUUCGACCAAUCAGGAGGCAAGACGCUUCCUGGUGUAAACAUAAGACGGGAUUUGGGACGGCUGCCAACGGGAUUCAAACGCAAGAUUUGGAGCUCCACUCAGACGCAUUAAUGAGUCAUGAGAUCGGGAUUGCUGUGGAUGCUGUUCAUUUUACCUGUGUGUAGUGGCGCAUCAGUUCCUGACACAUUCACUGUGUCUGUUUCUGAUGGUCCAGUCUCCGUCUGGAUGGGAUCAUCGAUAAUCUUGCCUUGUUCACUCUCUCCUGCGUUUACUGAAUCACUGGAGGUGCGCUGGCACCGACCUGAUGAGUUCAAAACUCCCGUUCUGCUUUACCAGAAGCAGCAGAUCCAGCAGCAGCCUGCUGACUCUCAGUACAAGGACAGGGUGCGCCUGAUAGGGGAGCCGGAGAAGGGAAUGUUAUCUCUGGAAAUGGACCAUGUCCAACUGGCAGACAGUGGAGUUUAUGUCUGCUAUGUUUCUGCUAAGACAGCGUACAAGCAGGCCCGAAUUCACCUAGUUGUGAAAGCGAUGGGCACUCCACCAAUCCUCUCAGUCUCUGAUGGUGGCAGUGGACAGGUGAACUUUACCUGUGAAUCAGAGGGUUGGUCACCACAGCCCACCCUCACCUGGAGAAACCGAGGCGCAGAAAUCCCUAUUGAGAGCUAUCAGAGUGCAACAGAUGCCCAUGGACUUGUGAGUGUGACUUCCUGGCUGGUUCACUCUUCCUCUGAUGUCUCUGAGUGGAUUGCCUGCUCUGUAGGUCUCUCUAAAGACGAGAGAAAAGAGAGCAGGUUCUUACCGGGGACAGUGAAUGAUCUGCAGAGGAAACUGGAAGAGAUGGAACAGAAGAGUGAAGGCCCUUGGAAAGAAGGCUUAAUUGUUCUUUUUUUGGUACUAUGUCUGAUUGCUGUCAUUGUGGCAGUUGUCCUGUACAGAAAAGGUUUGGAAAAAUCGAAAGACUCAGAGGAAGCAGUCUCUCAACAGAUCCCAUUGUCAGAGCCAGAAGUGGAGACUCUGACACGAGAGAAAAGAGAGCUGCAGAGGAAACUGGAUGAAAGUGAGAGAGAAAUGGCGGCAUUAAAAAAGAAGAUUACAGAGGUGGUCCAUUUCCAUGACAACGUCCAGUGCUCACUUGGUGCAAAUCCUAUAUUAUCUUGUCAACUCUUCUCUGAAAAAAGUGCUCUUGACAUGGAGAUCCGGUGGUUUAAAGGUACAGACUGUAUUUGCCUUUAUAAAAAGGGCCAGAUGAAGGAGAGAAGUGGCUAUGAAGGCCGAGUAAGCAUCUGCAAGGAAGAGCUAGAGAAUGGGAAGAUAUUCUUGGAACUGAGCAAAAUCCAACCAGAAGACGCUGGGAAAUAUGUGUGCCAAGUCAUCCAUAGAGAGUACAAUGAGUGUGCCUUACAAAUUAGGUACUCUCCUUAUGCGACAGAUAAAGAAAUGUGCAUCUACCCACAUUCAGGAGGACUGGAGGCCAUUGUUGAAAAUAGACCGACAAUGGAUGCAUCUGCCCAGGAGCUUAGUUAGAAAUGGCUCCACUUUGGAAUGCAGUUGCAGUCUGUCCACCUGAUCCAUGAUGCAGAAGACAUGUGCUUACUGCUGCUGUCCCAUGCACAUUACCGUCUAUUCACAUUCAGUGCCAGACAAUUUAACUGUGACUACAUGAAUGCCCCCACUCACAUUAUUCCCUAUGUCAUAGGUAAUGUAAAAGCUUAUAAUAGUAACCUUGCGAGCAAAUUAUGCGAAUAUUUUACUCUACCUUAGGGUACAUAUACUUAAUAAUAUGAAAUCUGUAUAAAUGGGUUUAGCGACUUUUAUUUUGAAGUUAUAGCCUAUGAAAGCAUUAUGGGUAAUGCAGCAGGAAAAAAGACUACUACUGUGGGUAGGUUGAGCAAAUGUUAAGCAAAGCAUAUUAUGGCAUUUCAUCAUAAGUAAUAUAUGUAUAAACCGUGCUAGUAAUUUGUGACGGUUUACACUGAAAGUUUAUUGUGACUUUUGUCUUGUCAUUUCACCUUGAAUCAUGCUUUGAUUGGUGAAAAUUAUAAACAGGUGUUUUUGUCAUUUUGUAUGCCAGUGUAGUUUUACUAGUUGUUAAGCAAAUAACAAAUAUCUGUUCAGUGAAUUAUAUACCAUGUGCAAGAAGUAACUUGCUGGACUAGGUGGCAAGAUUGUGAUCAAAAUGUCUUGCAUGUAAUACUGAAUGUAAUACUUUUUGAAUAACCUGUAGAAUGAGAGUACUGUUGGUAUGGAAUAAAAUGUGCUACCUAGCUCUAGCAGUUAGGUAGGCUAACUAGAGUGCUACACUCUGGGGGCAUGUUAACUGCAUGUGAUGCAUGGAGUGCUCUUUUUUUUUUUUUGUACUGACAGUACUCGGUGACCUUGAGAAACAGAGAUCUAUAUGAAAAAUGGAAUUCUCCUUCAAUGUUAUGGUGCGCUCUGUCCUAAUCUGAUGAGCUACUUGCUGAUGAGCUACUUGCUAGCACAUACUUGAGAUGCUAAAUUUACUGGGAUAUGUUUACUCCUCACUGAUGUUCAUGAGUUCAUCCUCUUGCUCAUCCUAGAAUAAAUAACGGUUGAAUGAAUGUUUCUCACCCCUCCCCCUUUCUAUCUCUACGGACUGGCCUCAAGUUGAUGGGCUCCCUCUUUCUCAGCAGGGUUCUGCUCAAAGUUAUCAUAGGGGAGUUUCCUGUGCCAUUCUGUGGUCGUGGUGCAUGCCUUGGCAAUGUUUGUUAAUGAUACUUGAAUAAAAAAAUUAAAAUGA